GACGUUGGUUCGUUGCAGCUGUACUGCGGGUGUCUCGCUGCGGAGGUCUCGGGCUGGGGGCGUGAAAAACAGCCCAGUUCAGAUCUUCAGCUGUAAAUGCGGAGAAAGAUUCUGGCAUGUCAACGGGAGCGGCGUUACGCGCUUUCCUGUCCGGGUGCACGCGAAAGCUGACGCGGGAGGUUCCGUGGCCGGGCGCGCGCCGCCUCCCGCCGUUCCGCGCGCUCCACGCGUGCCCGCCGCUGUGCGCGGGUCACAACAAGUGGUCCAAAGUGAAAGACAUCAAAAUCCCGAAGGAUGCGGCCCGCGCGCGACUCAUCGCCAAGUACACGAUGCUCAUCAGGGUGGCCGUGAAAGGUGAACCCCGUCUGUCACGUGAAGGGGAACUCCAUCCAUUUUCCCAAAUUUCUGCACAAAGGAAGGGAGGAUCCAACCCAGAGUUCAACAUCACACUGGCACAGCUUAUAGAGCAGUGCAGAAACAAAAAUCUGCCCAAAUCCACCAUAGAGGCUGCCAUCAAAGGAGCGGAGAAGUCAAAGGCUGCUGCGCAGUGUCUGUAUGAGGCACGAGGACCUGGUGGAUGUUGGCUGCUCAUUGAGGUUCUGACGGAUAACAACACGCGGUCACACAACGAGAUCAAACACAUCCUGACGAAAAACGGUGGGGUGCUGUGUGAUGGUGCACGCCAUAAUUUUGACAGGAAAGGUGUUGUGGUGGCGGACAGAGAUGGCAUCUCCACCGAGAGAGCGCUGGAGCUGGCCAUAGAGUCGGGGGCUGAAGAUGUACAGGAGACAGAGGAUGAGGAAGCAAAGCCUAUUCUACAGUUCAUCUGUGACAUGAGCUCCAUGAAGGUGGUGCGGACGGCGCUGGAGGCUCUUGGGGUGCACACACUCUCCACUGGGAUGGAGUACAUCUCCAACAGCCCCACUCCUCUACCGCAGCCCCAGCUAGAGGCAAAUGCUGUCCUGCUGGAGGCUCUCAACGAUUACCCAGAUGUGGUCAGAGUUUGGGACAACAUUCAGGCCCUGGAGUGAAACCUGAGGAACAAAAUGUGAAGAAUGCAUUGAUGAUGUAGAAAAGACUAAUACUGGAGGUUAUGUGAGCCACAGCUGAAGCUCGGUGGGCAGGAAAUGGACCACAGCGCACCAGAAGCUUUGCGCUGACUGACAUCUCAGUGAUUUCCUCAGGUUUUUAUGACAUACUGUGGUGUUACAGGUUAAAGCCUGUUUGUGUAUUUGUGCAAAUUCCAUGUUCAAAAUAAAGCAGUAUUUAUGAUGAGA